AUGGUAUCACCUUUCAUUCUGCUGGUUCUGUGCUGGCAGUUCAGACUCGGCUGCUGUGUGGACGGUUCGCCCGAAUGGUUCAACAACAUUUCGACCAAUCUCUUCAGUUUGCCUGGGGAUAUUAUGCUCGGAGGGCUUUUCUCCAUCAAUUACCUCUCCAGCGACCUCAGCCAGAGGACGAGGCCUAACAACAUCAGCUGUGAAAAGGUGAAUGAAUUUGGACUGGGCCUCUCUAUUGUGAUGAAAUAUGCAGUGGACGAGAUCAACGCAAACCAAAUUGUGCUCCCCGGUAUCAAACUGGGUUACGAAACCUACGACACAUGCAGACAAGCGGCCGUCAUUGUGAGGCCAACGCUCUCCUUCCUCACUGCCAAAUCUACCAAAGCACUGUCUGUGGAGUGUAAUUACACCAACUAUGAGCCCAGGAUAUCGGCUGUGAUCGGUCCUUACAGCUCCGAACUGGUGUCCGUCAUUGGAAAGGUCCUGGGAUUCUUCCUCAUGCCUCAGAUUAGCUACGGUGCAACCAGCGACAAAUUCAGCGACAAUCUUCUCUACCCGUCCUUCUUCCGUACGGUGCCCACUGACAAGUGGCAGGUGGAGGUCAUGGCACUCUUGCUGCAUGAGUUUGCCUGGAACUGGGUAGCAGUGGUGGGAAGUGAUGAGGAGUACGGACAACGAGGUGUGGAGCAAUUCUCCAAGUUGGCGGAGGUUAUGUCUAUAUGUGUGGCCUAUCAGGCUCUGAUUCCAGUGUACACUAACCCCGAACCAGCAAUCAGAACCAUCGUCAGUAAUAUCAUAGCAACAAAUGUGCAUGUGGUCGUGGUCUUUUCUGUCGCUUCGUCCGCUGAGAUCUUUUUUAGCGAGGUUAUCAGGAGGAACAUGACAGCAGUAUGGAUCGCCAGCACAAGUUGGUCCGUCCAUUACAGACUGACGACUCUUCCCAACAUUCAGUCAGUUGGCACAGUCAUUGGAUUCACUGACAGGACACAGAACCUGGACCUGCUCCCCGUCUACACGCAUAAGCUUUUUGCCAAAAUGAGCGAGGAGAGGCAAUCGAUGUCUGGUCCGGUACCGACUGCCGACCCCAGCAACCCCUGCCCACAGUGUUGGUACUUAUCACCUGCUAAUAUUACCUUGGUGACAGAUCCUGCAGUGCAGCGUACAGCUUUUGGUGUGUAUGCCGCCAUCUACAGUGUCGCAGAGGCACUGCAUAAUCUUCUGGACUGCAAUUCAACUACCUGUAAAUGGGGAAUGAAAACCAAAAUCUACCCAUGGGAGCUGCUGAGGGUUUUGAGGAAUACGUCGGUGAACGUCAACGGCACUCAUUUAGUGUUUGAUAGCAAUGGCAACCCAAACAUAGGAUACAACGUGAUUCAGUGGAAAUGGGGUGCAUCCGGUUUAGAUUUUAUGCACGUUGGAACCUUUUACGAAAGUCUGUCUAUCAACAAGUCGCUCUUCAGGUGGCACACAAAAGACUCCAAGGUUCCUGAGUCCAGGUGUUCAGCAGACUGUGAUAAAGGGCAAAUCCGCAGAGUCAAAGGCUUCCACUCCUGCUGUUAUGAUUGUAUCGACUGUCUGCCCGGCACUUAUCAGGCAGAUGAGGACGACAUCCAAUGCACUCUGUGCCCUGAAGGUCAGUGGUCCCUGAUCCGCAGCACUAGUUGCACUCAACCCACCUUUGUCGUUUUGUCCUGGGACACACCUGAAGCUCUGGCCAUGAUACUGGCCGGGGUGCUGCUGCUGCUGUGUCAGGUGUCUGUCGGGGCCGUGUUCCUGAAGCACUGGCAGACCCCGAUGGUCAUGGCUUCAGGUGGGACUCAGAGUUUGGUGGCUCUCCUCAGCCUGAUCGGAGGCUGCCUCAGCCUGCUGCUUUUUCUGGGACAACUGGGGGACACAAAGUGUCGUCUUCAGCUGCCCCUCACCUGCUUUUUCCAAACGGUCGCAUUCGCCAUUGUCGCGUCCAUUUCACUGCAGAUAUUCUACGUGACUGAGUUUCCAGACAGAGCGGCCUCUCAGCUCCACAUCAUCAGAGGCUAUGGGAGCUGGCUGUUUGUGCUCGUGUGCUGUGUCGUACAAGCCGGUCUCUGCAGCUGGUUUGGUCACGAGUCGCCGUCGCUGUCCGAACACAUGGCUAAUAUGAAAAUAACGUUUGUGAGUGACUUUCUGGCAUGUCCGGUGACACCUUUGAUUGGAUUUGCCUUAAUGCAAGGUUUCAAUGCUUUACUGGCCCUGGUGUCAUUCAUGGCCACGUUCAUGGCCGUGAAGCCUCUUCAUCAGUAUAACCUGGCCAGAGACAUCACCUUUUCCUGCCUGAUCUACUGUGUGAUUUGGGUGACCUUUAUUCCAGUUUACAUAGGCUUAAGUGACAAGGGCAGAACCAUUGUUCAUGUUUCGUUCGACCUGGGAAGCAACUUGGGAGUGGUGGUCGCCUACUAUGUCCCAAAAUGCUACUUGCUGUUGAGGAAACCAGACUUAAAUAAACCAGAGCAAUUCUGUACCUUUCUAGAGGCUGUUCCACCGAGACCAGCUGAGGAGGAGCCGCAGACACAGCCUGGGAAAUAAACCUCUGAAAGAUUACACAGCACAAUUCUUAUUUUAAAAAGAAUACAAGAAUCACACCUUUCAUAAAACGAUUAUUUCUAUGGUUUGUAUGUGAGUGAUGAAGUAUACUGCUUUAUUCCUAUAUUGAUGAACCUUUCAACCACGAAUAUUUAAGUCACAUAAACUGCAUGUAAAAAGCAUCUCAUUGCAAUUUCAUUCAACUAGAUAUUAAAUAAUACUUGUUUGUCUUGUGAUAGAAAACACUUUUAGCAAAAUGUUCAUGUUGUUUACAAUUAAAUACACCCACUGAAAACAAUAAAAUAAUAAACUGGAUGUGGGAGCUAUUCUUAUGUUUAUUGUAGCAUCAAAGAUAAUGGAGAUUGAAGCGAAAUAUCAACAUAAAUGUAUCCAAAUUAUGAUUUUUAACAUUUUAACAA